AUGGGUUUGCUGAUGAGUCGACUGAAGGAUUUGUGGGAUCGGUUUGGGACGCGGCAGGCAAAAAUCCUACUCGUCGGCUUGGAUGGGGCGGGCAAGACGACGCUGCUCUACAAGCUGAAGCUCGGCGAGAUUGUCAACACGAUUCCGACAAUUGGCUUCAACGUCGAGACGGUGGAGUAUAAGAAGAUCUCGUUGACGUGCUGGGAUGUCGGGGGCCAGACCAAGAUCCGCCCCCUCUGGAAGUACUAUUUCGACAACGCGGAUGCAGUUAUUUUUGUGGUGGAUUCCCUCGACAAAUUGCGUGUGAAAGAGGCGGCCGAAGAAUUGGGGAGCCUUUUUACUGAAGAUUCCCUCAGAAAUACGAUUUUCCUGUUGAUGGCAAAUAAGCAGGACCUUCCGAAUGCACUAUCGGCCGGCGAGCUAGCAGAGAAGCUUGGAUUGACGGAAAAUCGGAGUCAUAAGUGGCACAUCCAAGCAACCUGUGCCCAUAAUGGAGACGGGAUUUACGAGGGACUCGACUGGCUCGAGCGGAAUCUCCCAAAA